AAAGUGGAGAAAUUUGCUGAAAAACGUCAAUAAAACUUAAAAAUUAUUUGAUUUUGAGAGGAGCAGUAGAAGCUUUGCGUUAUAACUUCGAAAUCGUGUGCGUUUACUAAUAAUGUAAAUUGGUAAACCCGAAAAACCGAUUGUGUAGAUAUGUCGUUAAUUGAUGUAGAACAGUUUAUAAAUGAAAUAAAGUCGAGACCAUUGUUAUAUAGUACUAAUGCUGUAUCGACGGACCCUAGAAUUAGGCAUGAAAGGCAAGAGUUAUGGCUACAAGUAUGUGCCAAACUUAUAUCAGGUUGGGACACGAUCGAUGAAAGAGAAAAAUAUGCUACGAGUAAGGAAAUGCAACACAAAUGGAGGCAUAUCCGAGAUAAUUAUCGAAGAGAAUUACAAAUACAGAACAAAGUAAAACGUGGCUUACUUAAACGGACUAGGAAAACUUACAGGUAUUACACACAACUGCAAUUUCUUAAUCCUUCUAAUACCUGCACAGGUAGUGUAACGUCUGGUGAUAGAGCAUCACAACAAGAGUCAGAUGAGGACGAAACAGACAGUACUCUAAGUACAAGAAUGAAGAUCUUAUUACGCCAUAAACGCCGUAAGAAAAGUAAGAAAAUACAAAUCAUGGAAAGGUCUACGAAAAGUAUAACAACAUCUGUAGAAAACAAUGCUCAAGACUUAGUAUCAGAUCAUAAUAAAAAUGACCAUGAACAACAAGAAUGUGAUGAAGACAGAACUUUUUGCUUAUCAUUAGUAAAAUCUUUCAAGAAAAUGAAUGAAGAAGCAAAACUAAGUGCAAAGAUUGAUAUUUUGAAUGUUAUCCGUCGCUUCUCAUAUCCUCAAAGUAAUUUUCAACAAGUUUAUACUGAUCCUUUGACAUAUGAUUCACCGAGGCAAUCACAAGAUUCAAUUUUAAACAAUCAAUGGCAAGUAGAGAGUUCUCUUGAAGAUUCUGAAGAUGAAUUACCUCUUGAUCUGCAUUCUAUGCAUAGAGAGAAAAGAAGUGGUCGAUAUGUAAGAUCAGUAACACCUGAUUCUGCAGCUAGUUGUUCAGCAUUUGACAUCAGCCCAACAAAUUUCCUUUCAUUUUCCCAUUGUCUAAAAUGACCCAGCCCAACUAUUACCAACUCAGAAGACCGCGACUUUUGAACGGGUUCAGCAAACAGUACCAUAUUAUUAUACUUAUUACUAGCUGACCCGGCAAUCGUUGUUUUGUCAUCUAAAUUAAACUUACUAUUAAAAAAUAGGGGUUGGUAAUAGAAGGAUGAAAAUUUAGGGUUGUAUGAAUUUUUUAAUGCCACAUUAUAAAAAAUUAAAUACUUAUCACUUAGGGGUAUGAAAAAUAGAUAAUAGCUGAUUCUCAGACCUACUGAAUAUGCAUAUAAAAUUCAUAAAAAUCUGUUAAUAAGUUUAGGGCAUUUGUUAACUUACAUUGUGACACGAAAAUUUUAUAUAUAUCAAGUCUAUAGUAAGUAAAUAUCUAGUCAAUGUCACUAUUCGAGAGCAUGGUUAUUCUUCUAAGAAAAAUAUUUCUCUUAAAAUCCUUCUAAAUUAAAAACAUAGUAGAAACA